AUGUUGGGAGAUCCAGCUCAGCGCAAUCAGAAGCUCAGAUGCACCUAUCACCAAGAUAGGGGGCACAUGGCUCAAAACUGCAGGGCACUAAAACAACACUUGGAGGACUUGGUAGUAGCUAGGCACCUCCGGGAUUACAUUGAUCAGGAUAAGGAAGUGACCGAACUGGGGAACCCACCACCAGAACCAAAUAUUGAGCACCCACCUCGGUUGAUAAUAAAUGUGAUCCAUGGGACAGCAACUCAAGAACCUGAGGAGACACUGAGAGAAGAGAUUGCAAAGGCUAUGCAAAUUCAACAGGUCAUGUCAGUAGAGCCUCCAUCGAAAAAGAUCAAGGCAGUGCAGCAGACAUUGUAUUAUGACUUGUUCAGAAAGCUUGGUCUCUUCGAGCAGCACCUCACCCCAGAGGCAGCCCCGUUAGUUGGCUUCAAUUCGCAGCCAGAAUGGCUGCUUGGCAGAAUAGUGUUGCCAGUCGUGGCAGGAACAAAAACCCUCUAG